AUGGCUGCUCUGAGGACUUUGGCUUUUAUUUCUGUAAUUGUCAGAUUUUCCAGUAGUCAGACUACAGACUGCUCAUACUUUGGGCUGCUGGAGCACUUAAACCUGAUUGACUCAAAUACUGCUCUAGAAACCAUGCGACCAGUGAAAAACUGGACCAGUGCCACCUUUGUUCAACUGGACAUGUUUGUGUUGGCUAUUUUAGAAGCGGAUGAGAAGACUCAAACUUUCACUAAUCAAAUCAUGGUCUACAUGACUUGGACAAACGAAUUCCUAACUUGGAAUCCUUCAGAGUUCUGUGGGAUAGAAAAGAUGACCAUUCUGAGAUCGAUGCUGUGGAUCCCAGAUGUAGUCAUUGCUGAGGAUGUUUCUGAUGAUGGGAGCAUCCAGACGGGUUCGCUGGUCACCGUGUAUUCCAACGGUUCGGUGAACGCAAACUUUCGGCAGAGGCUGACCUUCGCCUGUCGUCUCAAUCUCAUUAUGUUCCCUUUUGAUGUCCAAACCUGCCCCAUCACAUUUUUUUCUCCAACCUCUGGCGUGGAAUCUAUGAACCUGGGAACACUCAGCGAUAAAGCAUUCCUUGCUAAAGUCUCUGAUGCACUCAUGCUUACACGGGGAGAAUGGCAGCUCAAAAGCAUAGACAUUUCCACAAUUACUGAUAAAAGCUAUGGAAAUAAAAGCAAAGUUGAAUUCCUGCUCACCAUGGAGAGGAAGCCGGUGCUUUACGUGAUCAAUUUAAUCAUGCCCUUGUUCUACUUCCUGGUCAUGGAUCUGGCUUCAUUCUUCAUCAGUGAUGCGAGAGGGGAAAAGCUGAGCUUUAAAGUAACACUGCUCCUCUCCAUUGCUGUCUUACUGCUGCUUCUUCAGGACAUGUUGCCCUCCACUGAAAAGAACCUGCCAAUGAUUGCCACCUAUUGUACGGUAAUCUUCACCCUGGUGGCUGCGAGUGUCCUGGAGGCCAUGUUGGUGAUGUUUUUAUUCGACUUUGAAGGUUUUAGCUGUUGUAAGAAGACUCAAAACUGUGGAAAUGUAGAGAUGGAUAUUCAGCCCAGACCCAACAUUCUGAAAGAGUCUGGUGAAGCUGAAGAGAAAGGUGAAGUAAAACCUGAGAAAAGCGAUCCACACUGUGACUUUGGCCUGCUUGAUGCAGCUCAAGAGGAUGACGGAAGACCGAACAAAAGCAAUGGAAGGCAUGGGCGAUACCGGAGACUGGCUGAAAUCAUAGAUCAUGUGUUCUUUGUUUUAUACUUUAUUGGUUCUGCACUUUUUCUAGUGUUCAUUUAUUUAGUGUGGAUUCCAAAAGCUCUCUGA